AUUUCAGGUGACACGGCCAACAGCUGAGAGAGUCCAGAAAUGCGAGUGUCAAGGUUAUGCGAGGGCUAUUCUGUCCUCUCUGGCAUCUCUCACCCAGCGUCGCAGGGUUUGUCAGCUCUAAUAAUAGUGUGGAUCAGGUUCAGCAGCCCGUCACAAUCCCUGUGCUGCUGGGAGGAAGAGGAGGAGGAGCUCCUUCACUCUUUGUCUUUUCUCGGAGACGCUGAGAGUCGCUGAAGCUUUUUGAUGAUCGGUCGUUUAGAGACUUUCUUCUUUCGGAUUGUUCUUAUCUCCUUCUGUCACUUCGUUGACUUCCUCCUUGAACUUUUAAAGCUGCUUUUUUGCGUUGUUUUCUUCAAGCACGCCGUCGUCUUUUUGAGAAGACUGAGAUAGUUUUGUGUGGUGCGUCCGCCCAUGGAGCGAUACCGCCACUACGGCACCUCCUACACCUCCUCUCCUGGUGCAGCUCAUGUAGAGGAGAUCCACGCUGAGGAAGAGGAGGAGGUGGAGGAGGUGAUGUACACUGAAGAGGAGGUGGAGCCGCUGUUAGAGGAUGAAACGCAGCCUCUGGUGCAGGAGACAGAGGGGAAGACGGUGCCGGUGGAGAGCAAAAAUGGAAAGAGGACAGAGGGAGGAGGCGGAGGAGAUGCAGGUGGAGGCCCAAAGUACUCUGUGUUCACCUGGUUUGUGGUCCUGGGUCUGCUGGGAGUCUGGAGCUCUGUGGCCGUGGUCUACUUCAACAUCGUUGACUACGACACCGUCAUCGCCAGAGCUAAGGAGUUUCGUAUGAACUUUUCUGAAGUUUUACAAGGUAAACUGACGGCCUACGACACAGACGGAGACGGAGACUUUGACGUGGAGGACGCCAAAGUUCUGCUCGAUGAUAAGAAGUUAAAAGGCUAUGCUCUAAGGAGAGACAGGCUGAGGAAAGGUAGUGUACAGAGACUCUGUGUUUGUGUUUGUGUGAGGUCACAUCCUGCCGUGCGCUCACCUGACGGGUGUGUCUGCUUCUUAAACCCUGUAGAGGAGCAGAAAGAGGUGAAGAAGAGAGGAAAAAGGAAAGAAGAUGAGGUGUUAAAGUCCACUGAUGCUGAGGUUAAACUCCCAGAAGUAGAGGUUACAGGAGAGGCUGCUGAGAAGAAGAACACGACUCGAGCCUCAGACCACAUCGUCCGAGGCGCCAUGCUGCGGUCGACUCUGAAGAACGAGUUGAGGAUGAUCCAUGAGAAGAUGGAGGCCAAGAGGAUCGCUCGCAUUGCAGUGGCUGAGAUCAGGGCUUUUCUCACCCAAGAGGAGGAAGCAAGGGAGGCAGUGUGGGAGCUGAAGAAGAAGGAGCUGGAGGUGGCUGAGGAUCAACUCAGACAGGAGAGGGAAAGGGAAGAGAGGAGGAAGGAGGCAGAGAGGUUGGAAAAGGAGAGGAUAGAAAAGGAAAAGAUUGAGAAGGAGAAGCUGGAAAAGGAAGCCAAGGAGAAAGCUGAGAGAGAAAGGUUGGCUCAAGAGAAGGCAGAAAAAGAGAGACUGGAGAUGGAGAGGCCUGCUAAAGAAAAGGCAGCUAGAGAAGAAAAGGAAAGAAUGGAGAAAGAGAGGGUGGAAAGGGAAAAGGCAGAGAGGGAGAAACAGGAGAAAGAAAGACUGGAAAGAGAGAGGGCUGAAAAGGAAAGGCUUGAGAGGGAACGCAUUGCAAAUGAAAGAGAGAGAACAGAGCGGGAGAAGGCAGAGAGGGAAAGAUUAGAAAGGGAGAGACUUGAGAAGGAAAGGAUUGCCAAAGAAAAGGAAAGAUUGGAGAGGGAACGAAUCGCCAAAGAAAAGGAAAGACUGGAGAGGGAAAGGAUCGCCAAAGAAAAGGAAAGACUGGAGAGGGAACGGAUCGCCAAAGAAAAGGAAAGAUUGGAGAAAGAAAGGAUUGCCAAAGAAAAGGAAAGACUGGAGAGGGAACGAAUCGCCAAAGAAAAGGAAAGACUGGAGAGGGAACGAAUCGCCAAAGAAAAGGAAAGACUGGAGAGAGAAAGGAUCGCCAAAGAAAAGGAAAGAUUGGAGAGGGAACGAAUCGCCAAAGAAAAGGAAAGACUGGAGAGGGAACGGAUCGCCAAAGAAAAGGAAAGAUUGGAGAAAGAAAGGAUUGCCAAAGAAAAGGAAAGACUGGAGAGGGAACGAAUCGCCAAAGAAAAGGAAAGACUGGAGAGGGAACGAAUCGCCAAAGAAAAGGAAAGACUGGAGAGGGAAAGGAUUGCCAAAGAAAAGGAAAGAUUGGAGAAAGAAAGGAUUGCCAAAGAAAAGGAAAGAUUGGAGAGGGAACGAAUCGCCAAAGAAAAGGAAAGACUGGAGAGGGAACGAAUCGCCAAAGAAAAGGAAAGACUGGAGAGGGAACGGAUUGCCAAAGAAAAGGAAAAAUUGGAGAGAGAAAGGAUCGCCAAAGAAAAGGAAAGACUGGAGAGGGAACGGAUUGCCAAAGAAAAGGAAAGAUUGGAGAAAGAAAGGAUUGCCAAAGAAAAGGAAAGAUUGGAGAGGGAACGAAUCGCCAAAGAAAAGGAAAGACUGGAGAGGGAACGAAUCGCCAAAGAAAAGGAAAGACUGGAGAGGGAACGGAUUGCCAAAGAAAAGGAAAAAUUGGAGAGAGAAAGGAUCGCCAAAGAAAAGGAAAGAUUGGAGAGGGAACGAAUCGCCAAAGAAAAGGAAAGAUUGGAGAAAGAAAGGCUUGCCAAAGAAAAGGAAAGAUUGGAGAGAGAAAGGAUCGCCAAAGAAAAGGAACGACUUGAGAAAGAGAAGGUCGCCAAGGAGAAAGCAGAAAAAGAAAGACUGGAAAGGGAACGGCUUGUUAAGGAAAGAGAGAACCUCGCCAGGGAAAAGAUGGACAAGGAAAGGAUAGAGAAGGAGCGCUUAGCUAAAGAAAGGGCAAGAAUCGCACAGGAUAAGGAGAAAUUAGAACGAGAAAGAGUAGGAAAAGAAACGACAGAGAGAAAAGAGAGGGAGAGGAUGGAACGGGAAAGACUGGAGAGGGCAGCGAAGAUGAAGCUAGAGCGUGAGAAAACUGAAAAGGAUAAGAUGGAGGUGGAGCGGCUGGCGAAAGAGGGCGUGGCAAGACAAGGAAAUGGCUUAAAGAGACGAGUGCUACCGGAGAGAAAGCUGAACAGUUCGCACGUGAAAGGUGAGGUCACUGAGAGAGUGAGCAUGACGGCGGUCAGGAGAGAGAAGAGCGUCUUAGAAGAGAAGAAGAAAAUACCUCAUGGGACAAAGUGAUGACCUCACAAAUGGUCAUGGCUCAGAUUUGCCGGCCUCACCUCCCAUAUUCAGGAAACUGAUGAAAAGCUGCUUGGUGGGGUUUGAAGGUCUUGUAACCACCCAGCAAAGUCUUGGCACUUUGCAAUCUAGGCAGUUAUUUUGAGUCUCCUUUGUAAAUUAAAUAAAUACGAUGACUUUAAUUUUGGUGGAAAUGCACAAUCUGAUUAAAAACCCCUCUUCAAGUUUUACAGAGGUUUAAAAUGUUUUCCCUCCCACAUGUUCUGCUUCUGUUGCUCAUGCACAAAGUUACAGGACAUUACACCUUCAUUAAGGGGUCAAACCUGAGUCCCGUUACUUCAGUCUUAACUGUGAUACAGACACCACACAGCUGGAACUGUGGUGAACUAGAAAUUAGUAUUUUAAGCCAAAAGUUGAUCAUCUUCAAUCCCAAACCACUAGGGGAUGGGUAUCGUUUAGGUUUUUAUCCGAUACCGGUGCCAAACCGGUACUUUUGAAACGGUGCCGGUGCUUAAACGGUGCUCAAACCGGUGCUUAAAGAAUGGAGAACACAAAAUUGGUC